AUGUCGUUGUCAAGGGACGAAUGUGAUUGGGAGUGGGAAUACGAAUAUUCGGCCCACGAAACCGAGUCCCUCUACUUCACUCUCGAUCUCACCACUCACGUGCCUGACGCCUUGACCGACCAACCCCACCUCGUCUCCGGCCAAACGUCCAAGAAUCUCAGUGCGCCCCGCGUUGAUCCACAAUCGCGCGUCUCCUCCGAUGAAGACUCCUCCGACGAUGAUGAUGGUGAUGAUGAUGAUGAUGAUGAAGAAAGGCGAGGCAAGCUACCUGCCCUUCAAAUCCUCGACCUUCACACCUCCAACCCGUUGAUCAAAUUCGAGCAAUCCGUCUACUCGGCCUACUGGACCACGGAUCUCGGAACGCAAUUCCACAUUGCUCAAACCGGCCACAAUUCCCAUCCUCUCCGCAAAGGAACCAUCUUGGACGUCCUGGGCAUCUCUCGCGCAAGACUAUUGGGCAAACCCGUCCAGCUCAUCGACCGCAACGCCCCAUCUCAUCCCAUCCCCUCUCACAGCAAACCAACCCCAUCAUCCAAUCCUGUAGUAGAACAGGAAGAUGACGAUGACGACCAAGAUUCCUCCAUGGUCCUCACCACCGGUCCCCUGAAGAUUCCCCGCAGCAUCCUCAAGACCGACAAAUCCAAAUCUCAAGCUUCCUUCCUCGAACGCCUAUCGGAGAUCAAACACCGCAAAGGCGAGCGAGAUCAAGUCCCCAUCCUAGCCGUCAAACACUACACCAAACCCGACAAUCACGAUGAGAUCAAACGAAGAGCAGAAGAUGAUGAUCGCAACAGCGCGCUCGUGCAUAUCGAUGGGAGGAAGCGGAGGAGGAGAAGACCGAUGGGUGUUCGUCCGAGGAAAAAUAUGGGAGGGGCGGGAAGACCCAGUCGCGGGGAUAUUGAAGGGAGUUUGGGAUGGAGUAGUUCUGGUGGGGGAAUCAUUCCUGAGCAUGGUCAGGAUGAUGAUGGUGAUGGUGAGGCGGUGUUGGGAGUGGGCAUGUUUGAACCGGGAGGGACAGGGGAGAUGAGAGGUGAUGUGGUGGGGUAUCUGGAAGAUCCGUUCCAAAUGCAUGCUGCUGCUUCAUCUUCUGCUGCUGCUGGGGAUUUGGAUGUGAAUAUGGAAGGAGGGGAAGGGGAAAGGCAGAGUGCGGUCAUGUCUGGCCCGAGCUCUUUCUCCUCGCCUGCUGCCGCCUAUCAGCACACGGAUGCGAGGUUUAUGAAGUCCAAUCAGCAUGGCUAUCUUGCAUUCCAGUCCAGGAAGGAGUAUUUGGAUUCGGUGAGGGGAGAGGGAACGCCCAGGGGGCCGAAGCAGCCGGGUAGACCGCCUUGGAUUGGUGGUGGUGGUGUUGGACAAACAGAACAAGGUCAAGGGCGGGAACAAGAUCAAGAACACGGUCAAGAACGAGAACGAGAGCAAGAUCAAGAACAAGGGCGGGAACUGGGACAAAAACAGGCUGAUGGAGGCGCUGAUAAUACUACUGGCGGUUCUGGACAACAAUAG